UCGGAAGCUGCUCGUCGUUCCCUGAGUGGCCAAGGGGCGGGCUCGCUGCUGACGGCUUCUCCGUUCUCCGCUAGGUUUGGCGACGCAAGAUGGCCGACAUCUCGCUGGAUGAGCUCAUCCGGAAGCGCGGAACGGCGACCAAGGGACGGCUCAGCACCAGACCAGGAGUUGGAGGCAUCCGAUCUCGAGUUGGGAUCCAACAUAGUCUUCUUAGCCAGCCAACUCGCACAGCCACCUUCCAGCAGAGAUUUGAUGCCCGGCAGAAGAUUGGUAUCUCAGAUGCUCGGCUCAAGCUUGGAGUCAAAGAUGCCCGAGAGAAGCUUUUGCAGAAAGAUGCUCGGUUUCGGAUCAAAGGAAAGGUACAGGAUGCCAGAGAGAUGCUGAACUCACGAAAGCAGCAGAGCACUGUGCCCCAGAAUCCCUGGCAGGUGGCUGAUGCCCGGGAGAAGAUCAGCUUGAAGAGGAGAUCCCCUGCUACCUUCACAAGCCCACCCAUUGGGACGGUGACCCCUGCUCUGAAACUCACCAAAACCAUCCAGGUUCCACAGCAAAAGGCCAUGGUGCCACUUCAUGCUCCUCCUGCUGGAAUGAGGAUCAAUGUUGUCAAUAACCACCAGGCCAAACAGAACUUAUACGACCUAGAUGAAGAAGAUGAUGUUGCGGCACCUGUUCCUAAACAGAUGAAGUUUGCAGCCACAGGCAGCUUUGUCCACCACAUGACUGGACUGAGCAGUUCCAAGCUGUCCAUGUCCAAGGCCCUCCCUCUCACAAAAGUGGUUCAGAAUGAUGCCUACACAGCUCCUGUUCUCCCCUCCUCUGUUCGAACCAAAGCCUUGACCAACAUGUCCCGGACGCUAGUGAACAAGGAGGAGCCUCCCAAAGAGCUGCCACCUGCUGAGCCUGCACUCAGCCCCUUGGAAGGCACCAAGAUGACUGUGAAUAAUCUGCACCCUCGAGUCACAGAGGAGGACAUUGUUGAGCUUUUCUGUGUGUGUGGAGCCCUCAAACGCGCUCGACUGGUCCAUCCUGGGGUAGCAGAAGUUGUCUUUGUGAAAAAGGAUGAUGCCAUCACUGCUUACAAGAAGUACAACAACCGAUGUCUGGACGGGCAACCCAUGAAGUGCAACCUUCAUAUGAAUGGGAAUGUCAUCACCUCAGACCAACCCAUCCUGCUGCGGCUGAGUGACAGCCCCUCAGUGAAGAAGGAGAGUGAGCUGCCUCGGCGGGGGAAUCCUGCCUCCUCUUCCAACCCUCCAGCCGAAGUGGACCCUGACACCAUUCUCAAAGCUCUCUUCAAGUCAUCAGGGGCCUCUGUGACCACACAGCCCACAGAAUUCAAAAUCAAACUUUGAGUAAGGGAGUGAGGGAGCCAGAAGCAGGGAAGAGGAGGGUGGCUCUGAUUCCCAAGGCAAAUCUUGUGACCAAUGGGCCGUCGGACUGAAGCCCCCUGAGCAAGGGACAAGGCACCAGGGAGAGCUUCCUCACUGGACGGGACCCACCUUUCUAUAUUGUUCCACACCUUGCCCUUCUGUGCGUUACAUUUCUGUAGUGUGUUUCUUCUUUGCUCCGCUCAUCACCAAGGUAGGCUGUGUUUGUCUGUGUGCCUCCCCUACUCUCGGCCUCAGGCUGAUUUCAUCCCUAGGAAUGGUGCACUGUUUCCCUGGGGUAGCCUUGUGGCCCCAUGGGACACAGGGCUUGAGGGCUGUCAGAGAGACUGCUUUUUUUGUUUUGUUUUCAGGAGUUUUCUUGUUCUGUUGAAGUUUUACAAACAAAACAGAAUGAAUGGGACCUCCUGCCAUUCGGUGGGCACCAGGUCAGGUCUCUGGCCUCUGGUCUUCUCACCACUGUUAUCUUCAGCCUGACUGCUAAUGUGCAGAGCUCUAUGACAGGGUAGGGUAGUGUGGCCAUGUUGCCAGCUUCUGGCUGCCUGUGCUAUCUUGGGCAACCCAAAAGGAUUUCCCAGAGUUCAUGUACCCUUGUUGGAGUUGUGCCAAAGGCCCUGGCCCAGUUCUCUCUGCUUCCAGAUAGAAGCACAAGAAGGAACCUGUGCCAUUAGCCCUCUUGGCUCUCACAUGACAGGGCAACACCACAGCCUGGUUUUGGUGCAGGUACCAGCUGCAAGUUAGUUGGGCCUUCUUCCAGGCUGUACCCACAGGCUGCAGCACAGUGGACUCGGGAGAGAUUGAUUGAAUGGGAGCUGUUGGCUGGCUCUGCCUUUCUGGCUUCAGUUAUCUACAGAAUAGCAAUCAGGGUUGCCCAAAGUGCAGCUGCCACCAUGGCAUCGUCUAUGUUAGAGUGCGUGACCUAUGCUGCCAUGAGUGGUCCAAGAGUAGAGCCAACUACCACAAGCUGGUGGGCUGUUUCGUACAGCGUGUUCCUAGACUGUGGUGCAGAACUAUGGAGCUUAGGCAGGGCCGAUGGUUGGGCAGCACUGUUCCAAAGCUGGUCAGUAGUCCUCUGACAGUGGGAACAGGACAUUUUAAGCUGUCACAGCUGUAGCAGGAUUCUAAGGGCAUUCAUACCAGUAGUAUGUGCUGUGCUGUAAAGGCACAAAGCUGAGGAAAUGAAGCUGAGACACCAUGACCCUCUCAAAACCAGUCCAGAAAAAAGGACUUCAAUUAAUUCAUGUUCUCCUGGAGUUAGAUCUGCCCAUCUAGAAGGAUCUAGUUUGAGCCAAAAUCAGUCCUUCAGCUCUGAGAUUGCCCAGGUAAGGAAUCCAGCAACGGUAUCUAGGGUGCUGCAUUCUGCUCUUUAAAGACGUCUGCUUCUCUUAAAUCCUUCUAAAUGGGUACAAACUCAAUUCUUCUCAACAACUAGAAGACAUUCCCCCAUGCUUCGCCCUUCCUGGCCCAAGAGAACACCAAGAUACUAGGGCCUCUGCUACUCGGAACAGUUGGCAUGCCUUUUGCUUUGUGUAGAGUAGGGAUGGCUUAGGCCUUUCCCGGUUUCCUUGCUCUUGUUGAAUCAGGCGUGCUCUGUACAGCACAGUUGAACCGAGUCAGCCUCAGCCUCCUGGCCGUGUGGUACGUUGUGGGGUGGGGGUGGCCUCCUGCAUUUCAGAAUGUCCUCUUGGGAAACAGAAAAGAAGGUGGGCCAACCCUCAUGUCCCAUUCCCUUGCAUUACUACUUUGUGUCUUGUUCAGGAGAGAAAGGCAUUGUAGGAUGGAGGGGCUUAUUUCCAUUUCUCAAUAAAUGUUUGUUAUUCCUAACCUUGA